UGAUGGGUGACACCUGUAGGGUGUGGCUCUUCCAUUAAGGCCCCUUUAAAUAGGAGUGGGCGGGGCUGCCCAGCAGUGCCAGAUUCUUGUGGGUGGCCAGGUUGACUGCUGGGCCCACGCUGUUUGUGCAGCAGCUGUGAGCCACUGGGGUAAAUUAGUUUUUUUUACCCCAAUGUUUGCAGAAUAAGAUUCUCUGCUCUCUCCAUGAUGAGCAGGGUCAUCAGGGGGUGGAGCGGACUCUACAGUUGGUUCGAGCUCGUUAUUACUGGCCCAAUAUGUACACAGAUGUGGAAAAAUGGUGCAAAACUUGUGAAAGAUGUGUGUUGUCAAAGGCUGUUCAGCCCAAAGUUAAAGUUUUUAUGGGCACAGUCAAAGCAUCCCGACCUAAUGAGAUUUUAGUCAUUGAUUUCACAGUGUUGGAGCCUUCUUCAGAUGGGAGGGAGAAUGUUCUCGUCAUGACUGAUGUUUUUUCAAAAUAUACACAGGCUAUCCCAACAAAAGACCAGCGAGCGAGUACCGUGGCAGAAGCGUUGGUCAAGAAUUGGUUUCAGUUAUUUGGGGUGCCCAACCGUAUUCACUCAGAUCAGGGCAGGAAUUUUGAGAGCAACUUGGUCCAACAGCUCUGCAAGCUGUAUAAAGUUGCAAAGAGCCGUACCACUCCAUAUCACCCACAGGGGAAUGGUCAGUGUGAGCGCUUCAAUCGCACUUUACAUGACUUACUGCGAAGUCUCCAACCUGAACAAAAAAGGAAGUGGCCACGUCAUCUUGCUCAGGUCACUUUUGCCUAUAACACCACCGUGCACCAGACAACAGGCAGAACCCCUUAUUUUUUAAUGUUUGGGAGGGAGCCACAGUUGCCUGUAGAUAUGCUUAUAGGCGGGGAAAUGACAGAGGAAGAUCUUCCUUUAGAAGAGUGGGUUGAGGAGAACCAAAAGUCCUUGGCUUCAGCCUAUGAGACAGUGCAACAAAGAGUGGACAGUCAAAUAGCUCAGAGGGACCUUAGAAAUCAGGAUCGGUGUGCUUCUCCCGACCUUGAAGAAGGUGAUCUUGUGUACACCAGGAACCAUUCUGUCAGAGGCCGAAACAAGAUUCAGGAUUGUUGGGAUUCAACUUUGUAUGAAGUUGUUCGCCCACCUCCUCCAAGAGGAGUGGUGUAUUCCAUAG